AUGGUAAUUGCUGCACACAAGGCCAUCGACACGGAGCUGAAGAGACCUUCCAAAAAGAACGUCGUCCCGGUGCGGGAGCGGAGAAGAAGCUCGGUGAUCGUGAAGAAGCAUUCCACCUCCUCAUCGAAUUCUCUGCAGAAGCUGAGCGGGCUCUGCCGGGGGAUGUGCUGUCCGAACCUCUUGACUCGGCUGCAGGAGAAGCUGCAGGACAUGCGGCCCCGCGUGGAUGUGCGGCGCUUUCUCAAGGCUUGCCGGCCAGAGAAGGGCCUUGCGAAAGGGAAGGCCGUUUCGAGCUGCAGCGUGGCGCCGGCUUGUGGAAUGCGGGAUGCGAGGGCGAAGGAUAUGUGCACGUUCAACGGGGUUGUGAUCUACGACCUUCACGAUGCAGACUUCGAAGAAGUCGAGUGCAGAGUUGCCCUGUCCGAGUCGGGCGUGUCCGGCACGGCCUUGGCGGGUUCGGGGCCGACGGCGCAGACGGAGCGGGUGUCCCCGAGGGCGUUCAAGGUGUCCUUCCGCCAGGAGGGUCAGAAUCUCACGUGGGCAGAGGCAUUGAAGUUGCUGGCGACCGAUCAGCAGUUCCGGCUGCUGCUGUCACAGCAACUUCAGGACCAUUGA